AUGUUGUCACGUAGAUCGCUCGGCAUUCUCGGCCGAUGUGAUCGUACAUUGACAACGAAUAAGACGAUCGGAUUGAAAGCAGGCUCUCAAGCACCUUUGUUCUCACGAGCUGUUCAUUUAUCGCCUAUCGCAACACGCAUUCAUACAACACCGUUCAAACGAUCAUCACCAAAGAUUGAGACAAUAAUCAGUAAAAGGUUCGGAUCGACACUUACACUCCCUACAUCCGAUGCUGAAGCGCCUCCUGAAGGAGCAGCUGAUAGCAGUGAAAUACCACCAGGAUAUUCCGUUGCACACUUAUACUUUGAUUCGGUAUUCCCUUUAACACUUGGAAUCUUUGAUCCUAGAGGCUAUAUCAGUGCAUUUCAAGGUGAUGCACAAUUGACAAAUCUCAAGCAAGUUUUACCCAAUCAAGAAAGUAUCGGAUUUGGAUUUCGCAUCAUUGGUGCAGAGAGUAGAUCAAAAGAUGGAGGUGCAUUCUUGACUUUCGCUUAUAAACCUGAAGAACAGGCAAUGCUACCUGCAACUCUGUCCGUCAUCAAUGCUCGUAUUCGUCCACAUCUGCGUCCAAUCUAUCAAUACCCGCUUUCUCUGGCUAGGCUGUUGCCGGAAUCAUGGCUACCGAAGCCCAGCGUUCAUAUUGUUUUGGGAACGCCUUGGCUAGAAGAUUUGGCAAGAUAUCCUUCCCGUAUACUGAGCAUCUCGUUCGUUGAAGGAGGUGCGCCAGGUGAACAACAAUUAUGGGAGAUUUUACGACCUUAUGGACGAGUUGUCAAUCUAGAGAUCAAUGCUAAGGACAAUAAAGCAACAGCCACGUUUCACCGAAUGCGAUCUGCGACAUCUGCUCGUAAUUGUUUGUAUGGAGCCAGUGUUGGAAAUCGAAAAGUAGUGAUCGAUUACGUUCCUCCACUACACGCACACAAGUUAUGGGAUUGGUUGACAAAUCAUCCACGUAUCGUUUUGCCCAUCUUAGCAUUCUUCCUAGGUACGAUCACAUACGCCGUGUUUGAUCCAAUCAGAGCAUUCUUCAUCAAGAGCAAUGUCGGCAACGUUUUUACUUUGUCUGAUUAUCGCCUCUAUGCUUGGUUGAAGAAGAAGACUGGUGAUCUAUUCAAUUCAGUCAAUAAGGACAAGGAUACAUCUCUAGACGAUUGGUGGGAGCGAAAAGCAGCUGUGGAUGAAAUUCAAGGAUGGCUACGCGAAACACCGACAACAUUUAUCACCAUUGCCGGUCCACGAGGUAGCGGAAAGCAUCCUCUGUUGGAGCGUGCGACUGAUCAUCCCGGCUUGAAACAUUUGACAAUUCACUGUGAAGAAAUUGCACAUACAGCAAAAGGUGAAGAUUCUGCUCUGGUUCCUGCUCUUGCCAAUCAAGUAGGCUACUUUCCCGUCUUCUCUUGGAUCUCUUCUUUGAACAAUUUGAUCGAUUUAGCAGCUGUUGGAUUGAUCGGUAGCAAAGCUGGCUUUUCCACACCUACAGACGCUCAAUUGAAACAAGUCUUGAAUGUGACAACGGCUGCACUUGCUAACAUUAAGCAAGAAACGCUUCGCAAGAAAGAAAAGGAGGCAAAAAGAUCCACAAAAGGAAAGCCAAGUGCAACAAAGGAGGAAGAUGGUAAAGCCAAGACUACAGAGAAGGAAUUAAUUGAUCCAGCUGCCGUUCGAGAUGGCAAAGUGUCCACACCUACUCCUGCUUUGACGGCUACCAAUUCUGAAACUGCUGUUAGACCAAAAGAUGAUCGUGGAUAUGAUGCACCAGUCGUUGUGCUUGAUGGUUUCCAUCAUAAAGGUUUACAAUCUGAUCUUUUAUGGACAACACUUGCAGCGUGGGCUGCAGAUGUUGUCACGAGCGGAACUGCACAUGUUGUUUUCGUGACGGAUAAUCCAGUUGCAAUGGCAAAGACAUUAGGACGUGCAUUGCCAAAUAUUCCGUUCCAAAGUAUCACCUUAGCAGACGCCGAUGAAGAAAAGGCAAGAGGAUAUGUGUUCUCAAAAUUGAAAGAGCUUGGCAGAGUAGGUAACGCGGCUUCAAUUGAAGGACAGAAGAAAGGAUCGGAAGCAGUCAAUGAAGCAAAGGAGAAACCGUCUACUAUCACAUCUCUGCUCACGGGAAGUGGAACACAAACCGAUUCGAAGCCUGCAUUACCAGUUCAGGCUAAAAAGGAAGCUGAAGCAGAGAGUAUGGACGCAGAAACCGCCAAAUGGGUUGAUCUGUUAGGUGGAAGAUUGACAGAUUUAGAAGCAUUAGUGCAAAAGGUUGGCUUAGGAUACACGGUAGAAUCUGCAGUGAAAGACAUUAUUGCAAGAACGGUGAUUGAAAUUCGAAAGAAUGCGUUCGGAGAUGAUUUAGAAGAUGCAAAAGCGUUGCCAUGGUCAAGAGGACAGGCAUGGCUGAUCGUAGAAAAGUUGGCAAACAAGGGUGAAUUACCUUAUUACUCCCUCUUGCAUGACGGUUUGAAAGGAGACGAAAACGCAUUGAAAGCGAUGGAACAGGCAGAGUUGAUCUCUGUUCGACAUAUCGAUGGAAGGCCAGGCUUUAUUCGUGCCGGAAGACCUGUGAUCUUACAAGCAUUGAAAGAGUUAUGUCGUGAUCGUGUAUUUGCGGAUACACAAAGGUAUCUAACAAACACAAGCUCGAUCGGAUCCUGUGAAAAGUUGAUCAGAGAAGCAGAAACGGAAAUGCGGGAAUUAAAUGAUUGUUUCAAGGUUACCGGUAACUUUACACGUGGCAAUCAAGCAGUACGUGAUCGAUUGGAACACCUUUUGAAUGUUUUGCAAGUUAAUCAAGAAAAGAUUCAAAAUCUAGAAAGUGCAAAUGAAAAAUUGAGCAAGAGCAUUGCUGAAGAACGAAAUUUGAACAAAGCAAGCCUUUGA